AUGGUGGAGGAUGAAGCAAGAGGAGUACUGUUUAUUCUCAAUGAAUCUCUCGUGGCUAAUGGGAGCUUGUCACCGGAUCACAGAAAAUGCCUUGAGAAGAUGAUCUCGCUUAUCGAUGAGGAUCCGGUGCUUCUGGGUCUUCUUGACGAGUGGAGGUUUCUUGAAAGACAGUUUCCCUGCCUCCUAAGGGAUUCGGCGGAUAAACACGAGGCGGUUGCACUGGCAACGAGAGUUCUGCAAUACCGGAGUUCACUUCCUGCACUGUUCAUGACAAGAAAGGGUGGGUUCCUUCUGUCGGAGACUCUGUAUGACUCGAUGGAUGAUUCCCAAGGCAUUAUUGCCUUUUGUGAAGAGGCCUCUAAGAAGAACUCUCUGUUCCCAGGAGUCCUGUACGAUUGCGGGUUCUUCAUUCUCCUGAACUCUCUCGUUUCCGAAGAGACAGCAAGAUUCUACUCUUCGAUAUUUGCCUACAAGAUACACGAGGGGGAGGGGAGACAUGCGGAAGGCAGAGGAGAAGAGAUGAUGCAUGAGAUAAGAAGGAGGUAUUUUGACCCCGAAAUAGCUUUUACAGACAGAGGGCAUCUUUCCUUUAGAAAGCCUCCAUCCCUCCAUAGAGUGGGGCACCAGGUCCUCAAGGACAUAUUUGACGAUAUUUAUAACACAGCAUUUUUCAGUCUACUAGACCUAGGACUGGACAAAAACCUCCACCUCAUGAACUACUGUGAAUGGGACUAUUUUUUUUUAUGCGGCUCUCCGGAGCUCAGGGAGUUGGUAGCCAGUGGCAAUUAUCUGGCCAUUAGGCUAUAUAGGAGGAUGCUGGAGAGCUUUGGGAAGUGUACAAGAGCUGGACUUCAUUUGAGCAAGGUUGAGGAUGAGGAUCUAAUGGCACACAUAACCAAGCUACUGGAGUGCAAGGAUGCCCACAUGACUAUGGAAUGUGCACUAGUGCUCUACAACUACUAUCAGCUUUUUGGCUGGAGCCUCGACAAAAGGCAGUUCAGUGAAAACAGGAUAAGAGGAAUAUUUAGUCUGCUUGAGUACAGCUAUACCAACUGCCAGUGCUUCCAGGAGUGUGUCUAUGGCCGAUCUGACGACUCUGCAGCGAUGGGGAUGGAAGACAGCCAGAGGGCAAAGUGCCUUGUGGAUUGCAACACCAUGAAAAUACUAAGUCUUCUUUCAAACAUAUAUUCCUGUGCCGACAAGCGAUACUUCUACAAGCCUUCGUUUCUAGUUUUGAUGAGGACAUGGAGUGACGUAUUCAGCAGACACAAAUGCUGGGACUGUGUUCUCUUUACCACCUUCUUUACGGAUGUGCUUGAGCUCUUUAGAGCGAAUCCAUACAACAUUGCAAGGAUCAUCUUUCCGUUCAAGAGGUCAAGGAGAAGACCCAAAGGUAUUGUUGAUGAGGUUAGUGACAAAGAAAACAGCUCCUGUUUUCCGCGACUGGCUAAUGGAAUUGACCCACCAGAGAUCGAGGAUUUGGAUGAAUAA